AUGGAGUCGCGACACGAAUACCAGGCGGUUAACUGCCUGAUAUCUCUCACCAGGAGUCGCAGUAUACAAAUGGAUCUCGCAAUAGUAAAAAAAAUACACAACCUAAUUAGAGAAAACAAAAUAACUUGCUAUAUGAAUCUUUUCGACGUAUCAGAAAAUGUAUUCACCAGGAUAGCUUCCAUCAUAUGUAACAAGGCAAGGGUAGCUCUUUACCUUUUAAGAAGGAGGGAAGGUAGCUCCUUUGUUGAUGAUCAUUCUCUGAAUAACGCUAUCUUGGGAACCCCCCCCUUCCUCAGUGACUACUUAAGAGGGUACGAUAUGUGUAGCAGUGAGAAGUGCCGCUUAACCAUAGAGUACUAUGUAAAGACGCUCUCUGCCUGCUUCACGAAAAUUGACAUAGAAGACAGAGAAAUUUUCUUCACGAACCUGAAUAAUCUUUCCAUGUUGCUUACAAUCGAUUUCAAAGAAACGGAGAUUUGUAGCGAGCCCUUCCUCAUAACAGUGCUGAAAUAUGCCAAGAACCUGUUUCUUCGAAUUUACCCGCAUGAUAUGUUCCAACACCUGGACGAAGGGGACAUAGCCAAUGCACAACAGGCAAUAGGAAAUUCUCCACAUCAUCCAUAUGGACACGACACAUCGGAGGAAAAGAAAAAAGAACUCGACACAUUCUUCUGCCUCAUGAAGGUCAUCCAAACAGUUUUGCAAAAUAUAAUACAAAAAAAAAAAAAAAUUAAAUUAAAAAAUAUCAAGUUACUAUUUAUCAUCCUGAAGAAGAUUAACAAGAAUGCCCUGAUUUUGAAAAAAUGUUUUGGAGCCAUCAGCUUAAAUCUCUUCCUCCUUUAUCGAACUUGCCAUGCGAAGGAUAUUCAAAAAUUGAUCGUAAAAAUCUUUGCCAUGUGUGUGGACAAAAUUUUACUUUUCUGCCUGAACGGUCAGGUGAAAUUCAGGGAAACACACUUGGGAGGGAACUCCAAAGGGGGUAGUUCGCCCACAUGGCAAGGUGAAGAGGAAUAUCUCUCCUCUUUGCAAAGUUUCGGAACCUCGUCCAGAAGGUGGUCUUUCUCCCCAUAUGUUGGACAAAACAAUUUUGCCUUCAGUAAGCAAGGGAUACACAUCCCACCGUACAACACACCCAUAGACAAAUCAAGCGAAGACAAAACCAUCAUGGAGAAUGUCUACUUCAUCUGCUAUUACGUUCUCACAAACUAUGAUGACGAAAUUAUCGGAGAUAUUUCCGAUCUGUGCAGAAUCAUAAUCAAGUAUUGCCAUAUCCUUCACAAGAAUUUGGUUCUCAUGGGAUACUUUGUCCUUCUAUCUGAACUUUUUUCUGAAGGGGGCGUUUCCUUUGCAGCUCGGUUAGAGCUCCUCCUGGGGAGUAGACGCUUCGCCAAACUUUUCGAUGUUCACAAGUUAAGCGCCCAUCUGUUGGGUGCAGCGCGGCAGGGGGUAGAUGAUACCAGCAACUCAGGUAACGGUCCAGGUAACGGUCCAGGUAACGGUCCAGGUAACGGUCCAGGUAACGGUCCAGGUAACGGUCUAGGUAACGGUCCAGGUAACGGUCCAGGUAACGGUCUAGGUAACGGUUCAGGUGAUGCUCCACGAGCCAACCAACACGGUGAACCGUGUAUCCCCCUACAGCCUACCUUGCAGGACGAUCUCCACGCCAUUUUCACUAACCUCAUCAAGUCCGUGCAGAUAGAUGAGCACCCUCUUAUCUACCUCAACCCCGAAGCCAAUUCUACCCUGGAACAGUUAAAUCAAAAUAUCGGUACCUACUACUUUAAGCAUCUCUACAACAUUUUUAUGUUAAGAAGGCAAGACCAAGUAUACCUUCUUCGGUUUCUGAGGGGCUAUCUGUAUUUCCAUUUUUUUAAUAGCCACAUAGAUGAAGUGCCAAUUGUGAGGGAACGCUUUUCUGUAAAAGAUUUUCUCUCUCUGUACGAGACUUGCAAUGUGGCUUGUGUGAAUAGGGGGACUUACAACCCCCAGUGCGAUUCCUCCUCCAUCCUCAGCGACGACAAUUCGUUAUACUCUCUAAAUAUGUUCGAACAGAUAGAUCAUCGGGCAAGCUAUUGCUCAGGUGAUACUUUAACUUUGCCUCAAGCGCGAUUUUCCCAUUUUCGAAAAAUCAAGGAUGGUUUGAAGUUGCAACCCGCGGGGCUCCUCGGAGAGGUGAGCAUUCUCUUCUUCCUCCUCACGAGCGAAGGUGAACUGGAAAACCACCUGAAUGAAAUCAUGUUCAUCACUUGGGACAACGCCAGAGAGGACACUGGAAAGGGGACGAAAAGUGAAGAACUCGUUUUAACGAACAAGUGGUGGAAGGAUAUCCAUCGCUUCACAAACUCUAUCGAUUGGGCCAAAGGAAGAAACUCAGAGGAUGGAAUAUGUAACACAUCCAAAACAGAAACUACAAGAGAUUUGAUCUCCACGGGUGAUUCGUACAGGGAAAAAGAGGAACCCCCACUUAAGCGAAAAUGCAAGUGUCUUCACUUUAUCAACUUUUAUAUGGACGCCCUGAUUGUCAUGCUCUGCACACAUAAGAGAGUUCAUUUGGAAGGAGAAAAUGAAAGGGAGACAACCCCAGUUAUAUCUCACAGGAAAUUCACAAACAACCAACUGGUUUGUAAAUGGGCCCUCCAGAAUGAUCUGGUCAAGGAUGUCCUGGAAGAAUAUGCUAACCUUUACAAAAGCUACUUCUAUUUAGCCCUUCAAAUGAAGUUGUCUGGGUGGAUCCCUAACUUGAGGAUGAGCAUGGAGAAGGUAUUCUUGUUCUUGAUAUCCAAGAGGGUGAGAAAGGCCCACCAUACUGACGCGGCGAGUGAGACCAAUCUGAGCCAAUACUACCUUUCACUCCUACUAAUAUGCAUGAACAAAUGUUUCUGUGUGUCAUCCCUGUGUGGGUAUGAAGAUUUGAUGGAAAAAUAUUUCUCUAAAUUUUUUUUUUUUUUCUUGUUAAAUGUGAAUAACCCUUGUUCAUAUGUGAAGCAUCUAGCCGAAUACACAAUACAGAAUGUCCACCUGUGUCGCUAUUUGAGGAUGCGUAGGGAAGUAGAGGCACGAAAUGGCCUUUCGAUCUCCGCACAGAAAGGAACAAGUGGCGUUCUGUGCGUCCCCCCCCAGAUGGACCGCAUGAAGGACAUCCUAAAGGAGAACAACGAAUCUAUAUCAGCCUACAUAUACAAAAAAAUAAUAAACAUGGAUUCAUUCCAGAGUUUAAGAAAAAUAUCCACGCUGAUACAGUUCCUGGUAACGCACCAAUAUUACCAUUUUUAUUUGUUCAAAGAUAUUUCUGUGUACAUUAUCAAGUAUUCAAGGAGGAUGCAGUGUCUUCUUUUCGAUCGGCAGAGGAAGGACGAACUGGUGGUGCUCAUGUUGACUAUUUUUAAUUAUAUCCUUUACUUGUUUUAUGAGUAUAUCAGUCGGAAGAGAAUGGAAAUGUGUGUGAAGGGGAACUACGUGGCGCAGGUGAAGAAUCAGCUCCUGCACGGAGAUACGUACGUGAAUUUUAGUCGUCUGAAGGAGACAGUUGGGAAGAGUGGCGUAAAUGAUGAACAUAGCAAUGAAUAUAGCGAUGAUCCGAGCGUUGAUCAGAGCGUUGAUCAGAGCGUUGAUCAGAGCGUUGAUCGGAGCGUUGGUCAGUCGGUUGAUCAGAUCGUUGAUCGGAGCGUUGAUCGACAUGGUCACCCAAACGUACCGCUCCGUUCCUCGCCCGGCAAAGGGACCCCCUGGAGCAUACUCCACAGAUACACUGAGGAAAAAAAAAAAAAAAAACUAUUUUUACGCAACUCACUUUUAUUCAAAUUUCAUGGAGACAUCCUCAAUGUGAUCCAUCUAGACUCAGUAAACAACGACAACACCAAGACGGAUAUCUUUAAGAAAAUAGAAGAAGACAUGAAAAGUAUUGUGAACAAGGCAAGGGAAAACAUUCCAUGUGAGAGGCUUGUCAAUAUCCUUGUGGACGAUGAUUUCUACGACUUGUAUGACGAAGAAGAGGGGAGAAACAACAUUGCACCAAGAAAGCCUGACAAGGGUUCUACAAAGGAUAUUAAAGACAAUAACUACAUAAGGGUAAGGAAGUACCACCAAGAGGUUCAUUACCCCGAUAUCAGACACACGGCAGAGCAUAUUUUCCACUUUGCAAAGAAGUUCCUUUGCCAUGAGGACGUGUACGUCAGAUUCAGUGCCCACCUUUGUGUUCUUCCAUGCCUCUUCAUUUUUUCAACGAGACUGUAUGAGCUGUACCCAAAGAUAUACCAAUUAUGGGGAUACGUAAAAAUCAACUUCAGAAAAAACGAGUACAUGAACGACAUAGUCCUUUUGAACAUAAUUAAUUACAUGGCAACGAUUGAUGAUAAAUUCUCUCCAAAUCUCAUCCUUAGCGACAUAAUACCGGAGCUUUUCCGCAAAAUGGAGAAGCUCGAAAUGGGAAGGGAGAUGUCCAAGCAGAGCUUCGAGUACAGGUUCCUCCUGAAUGCUAUGCAACUCUUGGUGAACGUGUCGAAGGAGGAAAGAUGUUUCGAACACAUUCACCCCUUUGUUACCCAUUUUUGCCUGAAGUGCCUGGGCGAAGGAGUGGACGAACAGAUUAAGAGGCUCGCCCUAAAUAUUAUCUGCAAUUUUUUCCUCAUUGACAUUCCAAAGAUAAGUCGAGCAAUAGGAAACCUACGCAUCGUUAAAGAGAGGAUCAACCAAACGUAUCGAAGCAGUGGAACCAAUGAAGAAAAGUUAAGAGUCCAAUUCUCUGGAAGUAUCGUUAAGGAUGUGUCCAUAGAGCAGCCAUUACAAUUCCUUUCCUGUUUCCUGCAAGUGCAAAAUCUGAGGGAUGUUCUUUCUUUAGCAUUUCAUGUCGAUCUCAGUAUGGUUAUUUUUUUGCUAACUUAUUUUGAAUUUCUACAAAUAAAAUACAGAUACAAAUGUCGCCUGAAUCAGCACUGCCUCCUCGUGUCCAGCCACUUCUUAGGGAGAAAACACACAGGGCUCUUCCAAUCAUUGGUGUGA